UCCACCUCAUAGCAGUGUUUCCAAACACAGUGUGUAGUGGUCAGUAUGGAGAAGUCCAUGUUCACCGCGAAUGGACACGAAACUGAUCAAAGAAGCUAACGCAGCCGGACAGCAUCCAAUAAACACACCGAGGCUAAUGUAAUAGCACAAGAGUAGCAUGCUUGACGUGGGAAAGUGGCCAGUGUUUGCACUUCUGCCUCCUGAGGAACUACGUCUCAUCCGCCAGGCCUGUGUGUUUGGCAGUGCUGCUAAUGAGGCCGUCUACGUUACGGUCAAUGAUGAGGUGUUUGCUUUGGGAACAAACUGCAGCGGAUGUUUGGGUCUGGGAGAUGUCCAAAGCACCAUUGAGCCCAGACGGAUAGACGCCCUGUGCGGGAAGAAGAUUAUCUCUCUGAGCUAUGGCACAGGGCCGCAUGUCAUCAUUGCAACUGCAGAAGGAGAGGUGUAUGCUUGGGGUCACAAUGGUUACAGCCAGUUGGGGAAUGGCACCACCAACCACGGCCUGAUCCCUGCCCUGGUUUCCACCAACCUCAUUAAUAAGAGGGUGACCGAGGUGGCCUGUGGCUCCCAUCACACCAUCGCUCUCACCACUGAAGGAGAGGUGUAUGCCUGGGGCUACAACAACUCUGGCCAGGUGGGCUCAGGCUCUACAGCAAACCAACCCACACCACGGAGGGUCAGCAGCUGCCUGCAGAACAAGGUCGUAGUGAACAUUGCCUGUGGCCAGCUCUGCUCCAUGGCUGUCCUAGACAAUGGAGAGAUCUUUGGCUGGGGCUACAACUGUAACGGGCAGCUGGGUCUGGGUAAUAACGGCAACCAGCAAACACCAUGUCGUAUCGCUGCUCUGCAGGGAAUCACCGUUGUCCAGGUGGCUUGUGGCUAUGCACACACCUUGGCGUUAACAGAUGAGGGGUUUGUUUACGCCUGGGGGGCCAACGCUUAUGGGCAGCUAGGCACUGGAAACAAGAGCAACCAGGCAUUGCCCACACUCAUCAACAUGGAAAAGGAGAGGAUGGUGGAAGUGGCUGCAUGUCACACCAGUCACACGUCAGCCGCUAAGACACAGAGCGGUCAGGUGUUGAUGUGGGGUCAGUGUCGAGGUCAGGCCGUUCCCUUCCCACAUAGCACACAUUUCUCCAGCACAGACGAUGUGUUUGCCUGUUUUGCUACCCCUGCCGUUACCUGGCGUCUUCUCACUGUGGAUGGAGAUGACUAUCUAACUGUGGCUCAGUCUCUUAAAAGAGAGUUUGACAGCCCAGAAAUUUCAGACCUCAAGUUCCUAGUUGAUGGGAAAUGUAUUCACGUUCAUAGGGCUCUGCUCAAAAUCAGGUGUGAGCAUUUUCGUUCGCUGUUAAACGAGACUGAUGAGGAAGCCAUCGAAAUCCAUCAGUUCUCCUACAUGGUGUACCGAGCCUUCCUGGAGUACCUCUACACCGACACUAUUAACUUGCCACCCGAAGAUGCCAUUGGUCUACUAGAUCUUGCUACCUACUACAGAGAGACUCGUCUAAAAAGGCUGUGCCAGGAAACCAUUAAAAGAGGUAUUUCAGAAGAGAAUGCCAUCACACUGCUAUCUGCUGCUGUCAAGUAUGAAGCACGGGACUUGGAAGAGUUCUGCUUCAAGUUCUGUGUCAACCACCUGACUGCAGUCACUCAGACGCAGGCCUUUGCCGACAUGGACCAUGACCUGUUAAAGAACUUUAUUAGCAAAGCAAGUCGCUAUGGGGCCUUCAAAAAUUAAGCUGGAGCCCGAGCAGAGCAGAGAGAGCUGGAGAAGAAUCGUGGAUCAGCUUUACCAGAAGCAAGCAGUGUUCUAUGGUAUGUGAAAGAGCAAGGCAGGAACGUCCUUGGUUUGGAUAAACCACUCCACUUGGCGCUGAUGCUUUGAGGCUGCACUUCCCAGAAUAACAAAAAAAAAAAUGCAUUUGUGGUUUUGUAGGCUACUGGGUUGGAAAACCACUGUACAGUACUGUGCAAAAGUCUCAGGCACAUAAAACAUAAGUAAAUUUAAAAAAUUAUAAAAAUGAAACAUUUGUACAUGUAAAAAUGACUAUAAAGUAUGAAGAUGAUGAUUCUGUGCCAGAGAGAAAAGCAAUCCCAGAAUAUGCAGAUGGUAUUGCUUUUUAUUUGUCACACUGGAAAGCAAAACCUUCACUGCAUUGCUUUUACUUUGCUUUAUCUCUUUAGUGAAAAACAAUCAGCAGGGACUUUCAAUAAAAAGACUUUCAUAUUGACUUCAUCAGAAUUGAAUGGAAGUCCUCGUUGCAGUGCAUUUCAUUUUUCAGCAAUGCCCCCGGGUACGGCUGUAACUGGACAGCGAUUGCAUUUCAGUGUGGCACGACAGCAGUGCACUGAUGAAACUGAAAUGCAAUGCAACCCGGGACUUUGCACGCAGCAUUUACUUCUGAUCCGAAAUCAGCGUUUAAUUUUUGACACCAAUCCCCUAUUGAUUGUUUUCACUAAAGGAAGUUUGUAUUCCGGUGCGACAGGCACACUGUCUCUAUGUCAAAAAAUGAAAGGCAAUACCGCCUGUAUAUUGCAUUUCAUAUUUUCUCUCUAGUGCAGUUGCUUUUCUAUCAGGCAUGGAAUAAUAAAGAGUAGUAAUACUACACCAGAUCUAUAUUUGCUGUAAACUAACCCAAAUCAGUAUCUGCUAUAUUGUUCUUUGCCUUAACACAGCAGAUUGGCUGGUAAGUUUUUCAUGCCACAGUCUUUUUCUGGAGGCGGUUGGCUGUUCUGUCUCUUCCAGUACACCAGACUGACUCCAUUCUCUGCAAAGUGGCCAAUUAUAUAAUCUGUUCUUUUCUUUAAUAGUGUACAUAUAUUAAGUUUUUUGGGUAAAGCAGAAAACAUAAACAUCAAAGACAACUUUUAUAUAACAAUAGGAUGGCUGAGACUUUUUCACAGUACUGAAUGAUGCCCACUGGUACCUUACGGUGCCUUUGAAAGGGAUUCAUCUUGUCUUUCUGCAAAAUCCCUUUUUCCACGGAUUUAAUAAGGGAAGGACAUCCCACUAGUACAGAUUAGUCUUGAAUCCAUCAGAAGUUUUAAGGAAAACUUAAAAGGACCAAAGGAAAAAAAAAAAAAAAAGAUAAGAAUGACACAUUGACAGUAGACAUGGGAUCCGUACAAUACAAUUCGAUUGAUCUCCAUCUAGUACUGACUUUGAUUAAAUACAUUAAAUGUUUGUAGAUAACUAAACUAACCACUUAACUAGCAGCAUUUAAAGCACUUGUAAAGGUGUUCAUGUUUACUUUUGAUAUAUAUUUUUUUUGUAAAGUUAUACCCAAAACUGAAAAAUAUUUAGACUGUGCUUGGAAUUUUGCAGUUGUGAUAUCCCUUUGUAUUAGACCUCUUUUCAGGCAACAGAACAUGACGUCUGUUUACUAUUCUGCUAAUCUGUAUGAAUUUGUAUCUGUAUGGUUUCUCUUUUUAGAGAACUUUCUUUACUGAAAGCUCAUAGCAGCAUGGUCAGAUUAGAUAAUUUUUUUUUUCUUUAUGCCUGAAAGCUCAGUAUUUGUGUUGUGAAUUGUAGUCAUGUGCCUGUUUAUGUUUAAUAUGCACUAUCAUCUCCGACUCUUCACCGUUUUUCCGAGGCAGACAUAGAAAGAGCUAGGAUAUGUUCCCAUAGGUGCUGUUUGCACAGCAAAGUAAAAAGGGCAUUAUGUCCUCUUUUGGUCACUUAGCUUUUUUUUUGUGCUGAUUUGAAGCUUUGCUUUGUUAUAUUAAAUACUGUGUUACAUAAAGAAAAGAGUCAGGAUCGUCUUACAAAGACUUAAUUAGUCAGAUAGUUCAUUUGUUGUAGCACUUAAGAGUUAUACAUGAAAUGAUAGAACUCUUGUUACUGAAUUCAUGCGAACUCUGUCGGAAUGUCUUUACUAAUUGAACUAAAAUGUUUAAUGGCUAACUUUUCAAUAGUCUCUUACAUUAGAAUAUAUUACGAUUGUGUUUGAUCUCUUGUCAUGUUUACAGUAAAGGGGUUCACACACUCUAAGCAAAACUAUAACAACAGACACUUAAGGUGGUUACGGCUGUUUUUAUUUCUUUUUUUCCCCCCCUAUUUGCCAAGUGAUGGUGUGCUGGCUAACUCUAUUUUCCAUGUCUUGCUUUACAAGGUCUAAUACAAAUUUGCACCUUCCCUUUCCUUCUUCACUAGAUGCAGAGGUUUUUUUUUUUUUUUUGGAAAACUUGCGUGGCUUACAGUUAUUGAUGGUAUUGAAAUAAAGGUCUGAAAAUAUCCAAUUAAUCAUCUGUGGUGAUGUUUUAUAACGUUUCUGUUUGUGCUCCAUUUUAACAUUUCAUCUUAUCUAGAAUUCUAAGUUGACGUUUGUUUGUUUGUUUAAAUUUCUCUUAUCUGUCCAAUUUCACUUUGGUUAGUGGCACCAGUGGGACUGGUCGUCCUCAGAAGUUGUGCUUACAAGUUUGGAGGUCGUGAUUACGAUGUUGUACGUGUUUAAGUGGUUUUGGUUGGGAGAAAAAUGGACGUCAUGAGAAAAUGUAUUUCAUUUAAAAAAAUUUGUAAUCAUGAGCUAUACAAACUAUACCUGUACUGAACCGUUAACAUGCAAAAUUAACAUUUAAAUCUUGUUGUCUGCUGUAGAACUCGAGAAGUCUGGUGCACUCACCUCAUAAUUGUGAUAAUUGCAUUGUAACAGACGAUCACUAGCUUCUCAGAGGAAUGUACAGCACUGACCAACAAAUUAGCCCCAGAAUCACUAAUUACAUCAUGGAUAUUUCACUAUAAGCGUAUUUAAUGUGUUUCAGGGUGGAGUUUGCCUUGAAAUGAAAAACCAGCCCUGUUUUUGCUACCUGGCUUAAGAGUGUUAAAAUCACACCAACAGAUGGCAGUAUGCCAUUAAAACACACUGGACUUGCUUCAGCAUGUAAGACUGUCAGUAAACUGAUCUAAUCAGAUCUUUUUAUCUCAUACUGGAAUUUUCACUUCACUUCUGUGAGAUCAGUUAUGCGUACAUGCAAAGACGAGGCUUAUCUUUGGAGAGCUUUGAGACUGCUUCAUCUCGUGGGAUGGGCAAAGUGAUCACUCUGUGCUAUCUUUUCAUCACACCAACAUGAUAGUAUAUCAAAACAGGAUAUGCUUCACCUUUUGUGCUCCCCACAGUCAUUUCUUUCCCAGCACUUUAUCAGACACAUUCAUCUAUGUUAUUUAUAGCUCAUAUUUUAAAAAUUGUAUUCUAGAUUUACAAAUAGCACAUCAGCUUGUAUGUAUAAGUCAUUGUGUAGCAAAGAAUACUGCAUGUGUGCACUACAAAUAGACAAAUCGAGCUGUAAAUUCACUUAAGGACAGAAUAUUAUAACAAGGCUCUAAACUUUGUUUCUAAAGCUGUUUUCCUUAUGAUGCGUCAUGGCACUAAACUUCAAUCACUAAUCCUUCUUGCAUGUCCUGUUUUUUUGUUAUUGUCAUCAAAUAUCAUCAAUGUGGGGCAUAAAGCCAGAAGACUUCAAAUGUUAUAUGGAAUACAUUUAAUCCAUUUAAACCCACAAAUGUCUUCCAGCUUCCAGCGCUUCCUUUAUUGAGAGACAAUGGCAGUUUAAUUCAACUUACCAUAAGUCACAUGAUACUAAGUGGUUCCCAUUGGACUUAUUACACUGACACAAACCUAUUUCAAAUUCAUUGUGUAAGCCUAUCCAGUUCUUCCUCUCCCUCUGUAACCUAUCUGUAAAGUGUGGCAAAGUGUGUGUUGUCAGACUAGGAAUCAUAAAAAUGUAGCUGUGCAUUUGGAUACAAGCACAAAUAGAUACUUAUUUUCUAUAUAGAUUUAUUUAAGCAGGUAGAUUCUUCUCUGUGUUCGUGCAUCGAGUGAAAGAGCCACAUCAUGGUAUUUAAUCUCUGAGUAAGACGAUGGCAACGGUUAUGCAAAAAUCACAGUGUCCGUAACCAGGACGUUUUGAGUAAACAUACCCAUUGUUUUGACUACAAGAAAGACAGAAAAAACUCCUUCUCUCAUGUUUUAUGUUACAUCAUUUGAUUUUCAUAUUUUCCCAGGCAUGGCCACAAGCAAUGAGAACACUGAAAAAUAAUGAGAAGUUUGGUUAAUGACACAAUGUCAAAAGAAUGUUUAAAUUGGUUGUGAAAGUCUUUUUUUUUUUUUUUUCAAAUCUGUGAAAUACAAAAUACAAAAAUGAUGAAACUGAGCCAAGUUCCUGUUUCACAAAUGGCAUGUAAACUGAUGUAAAUAUCCAUUUGUGACAUGUUCAGUUGGUGAAUUCUUUUGUGGUUUUUAAUGCCAGUACUUUGGUACUGAUCAAAUAAAGGCUAAAGCGAAAUGAACAUGUUUGUGCUUGUUCUGAUGUUUAUGUUACAGUCAUCAGCUUCAAUUUUUCCUGCGAAUUCUACCUAAUUCUAUGUAGAUAUCAGACCUAGUCAUAGUCUUAAAGCCAAUAGAUAGACAAGUGCUAAACUAAGUACCAGUUUUGUUCAGACAUCAUUGUUUGGGGUGUGUUUCAAAGGACAACGUGACAGCAUAACAUCGGGCCUCAUUUAUCAAUGUUUUAAUCAAGUUGUGUGUAAAUGUUUGUGUAUCUCAAGCCGAGCUAAAAUUUUCUGCCUGCUUUACAAAAGAUUUGGAAACACUGAUUGUCUUCAUGCUUCCGUGCGUAUCUUGAUCGUGUGUAAAGUGUACAUCUCGUUCCUGAAACAGCUCAUGUGUGUAGUGAUGAACACAAAACUCCAUAAAACUCCAUGCAUGGACAGCUGAACGAUCAAGGUAGAACCUGAAAGACAGAAAUGGACGUUAUUUUGAUUCACUUGUAUGCUAAAAAAAUAUUUAAUACUAUAUAUCAUGUUAAUAAUAAUAAUCGAGAGCUUAUUAAAUCUUCCAUUUGUUUAGGGUUUACUGCUAUGAGCAGACGGACUGACGUGUCCUCUGUUUACAGCAGCAUUUCUUUUGCUAUAAUUGAAUGAUUUGUCUUAAUUUAUGGAUUUGUGUUGACUUGCUUUAUUUAUUUAUUUUUUAAUAUCCUUUAAUUAUGGCAAUAAUAUAAAAUGAUUGGUUUUCAGUAAAUAUUCUCGAUGGUAUACUUAGUCCUUGACCUAGUGCAUGAGGAUGUGUUUGUGAUACAGACUCCAAAGCUCUUCUAUAAGUUACUCUAGGUAAGGGCGUCUGCUAUAUAGUGUAAUAUUAUAUAGUGCAGUAAUUCAAGCAAAUUAUUUGAUUUGAAGUAUAUCUAGUCAAGAUUUACAUUAGUUGGUGUAAUCUGCAUUUUUACAAAAUGAAGAAAUAGUCCUAACUUUCGAGCUUCUGAAGUUCCGCUGUUUCAGUUUCAUGCUCUUUGACUUGGAUUGCAUAAAGUCCACAUUGUGUAGUUAUCUUCUGAAUAAUGUCAGGCAAAAUCCUUACUUAAAACAAAACCUGGGCACAUUGGGUGUUGAUUUGUUUUUAUUUUAAACUAUUCACAUACUUAUAGUAUUACAAGCAUUUAAAGCUCUGUUCAUACAUGUAUAUUCACUGUGCAUAUGCAGUGGUGUAUUAACUCAGCCGUAUAACGCACGGAAUGCACGCAUGGUGGUUUGAGAAUUGUUUCUUUUACAAUGCAGCUGUGGAGGUGUUUUCAUUAUCUUUAUCCAUCUUUGUAGUGGAUUAAGGGCUAAAUCAGAUAUAGAAGAUUUAGGAGUGAUUCCCAGAAGCGUUUGUCGCCUGCAGAGUGAUCAUCAUCAUCCACUGAUUAAUAUCUGGUUAAAUACAUCAAUGUACUGUAAUUUAACCUCAAUAAUGCUUCAAUGGUGAAGUUUGUAAUACUUGCCCAUGAGGCCAACCAGCAAACAGUUCUGAAAACAACUUCAGUUAAUUGAUCAUUUACAUAACUUAAUAAUGUUACUGAUGUCACAAUGUCCUCAGAGACUGACGUUAAAGUGUGACAUCUGAACAUGAGUACAGGAUUAUGCAAUGAGUAAACUAUCAGCUCAAGGUUGCACAGGAUAUUUUAUAGACAACAACUCAAGAUACUGGGAUUAUAACGUAUAUAUUUUUAUACACUUUACAUUUCUCGAACUGUGAUUGUUGUAUAACCUUUAACUUAAUUAAGUUUUUUUUGAACUGGAACAUUUUAAAAGUGUACUUUUAGCUGUGAUUUAAUGAGAAAUAAUAAUAAAUUUAAAAAAAAGCCAACAAAAACAGUUCACCAACUGAACAACAAAUCAUCUUUAUCAUCAAUAAACACGUAUCCUUGGUACACAUGAUGUCUUUUCAAAAGCAAACAAAUUAAUCUAGAACUUUGAAUAAACUCAGCACAUUAACGUUCAACCCUUCUGUCAGUAAUCUACAAGGUAUUCAAAUAGCUUGUUUUGUAGAGCAAAAUGGAAAUAAUGUGAGUCAUAAUCAUAGCUUCAAGUUGUAUAUCAAAGACUGCUGGCACAAAUGCUUCCCUUAAUUCCCAUAAUUCUGAGCUCCAUAAAUAACAUCUAGCAUUUUCAAAUAUCUGACUUCCAUUGGCCGUAGUGCAUUUUCUGUCCAAAGACAAGCGGCACUAGAGUUUAGUCCGCUCUCCUUCAGAUGUGGAAAACCCAAGAUGAACUCGGGCUUUCUUCAACUGCGCAGACAUGGAACGCUGUGCAUUAUACUGUGCAGCCCUAAAGAGUUUUGGCACUUACUGUAAAUUCCACACAUUCUCUCCUUCCUGGCACUACCAGAUGACUUAAGUGACCUUAGUGAGAAAAGUAAACAUCCCACAUUGAAAUGGAGUUGCUGAGUUCUGGGAUUUAUGGAUAUGUUGAGGUAAAAGUUAGCAGAUGUUUGGAGCUCUGGUUAUUUAGCUGUUCUAAAUGUGCUGGAUCAAGAGGCAUAUGUAAGAGGGCACGUGGAAGCAUGACACUUCUUUAAACAAACCUUAAGGUUGUCAAGGUAAAUCAUAAUUGACCGUCUUGGAAAUGAGUGCAGUAAUUUUGUUAUUGAAACAAUAUAAUGAAUGUGGGGCAUGCUGUUUUAAAGAAAUAGAAGACUGUCCUGAAGACUUUGGUGAAAAAUGUGGUGUCAAGUGGCUUUAUUGUCAUGUCAACCAUAUACAGUUGAUAUGGAUAUGAUAUAUGAAACAACGUUCCUCCAGGACCAUGACGCUAGAUAAAACAACACAGGACUACACAGAACUAAAUAAGACCUACACAUUUCUACAUAAAGUGCACGUGCAAAGGAGUGCAAACAGGACAGUAACUACUAAAACAGGACAAUAGGCACAAUACUAUUUCACUUUAUACCACAGUGCUGCUGAAUUCUCAAAUUCUCAUUGAUCAGAAGGUGUAGUAAUUUUCUCCAACAUCGUUACAGCUUUAUUGCUGACUGUUACAAAGCAUGAGACUGGA